UAUUGGAUAUAUUCAAGUGGAUGGAUAUAUAGCCUAUUUGGGAGCGACCGAUUUUUUUUUGUUUUCUUAAUCUCAAAUUGUAAUACGUCAUUUUUCAACCCUGGAGCUUUUGGAAAGAAUGGCCUCAGGUGGCGGGGAUGGCCCGGGGAAGGUUACACAGUACCGGGUGGACCACCUUCUCACUGCCGUGGAGAACGAGCUACAGGCGGGCAGCGAGAAGGGCGAUCCUACCGAGAGACAACUCAAAGUCGGCUUGGAUGAGAACGAACUGUGGCGGAAGUUCAAGGAACUCACCAAUGAAAUGAUAGUAACCAAAAAUGGCAGGCGCAUGUUUCCGGUGCUGAAGGUGAAUGUUUCUGGGUUGGAUCCAAACGCCAUGUACUCGUUCCUGCUGGACUUCGUGGCUGCGGACAACCACCGGUGGAAAUACGUUAAUGGGGAGUGGGUUCCCGGGGGUAAACCCGAGCCUCAAGCCCCGAGCUGCGUAUAUAUCCACCCGGACUCUCCAAACUUCGGAGCGCGCUGGAUGAAAGAUCCGGUCUCAUUCUGUAAAGUCAAACUCACCAACAAACUCAAUGGAGGAGGCCAGAUCAUGUUAAACUCGUUGCACAAAUAUGAGCCACGUGUCCAUAUUGUUAGGAGGGCCGCAGAGAAUGAUUGUCACUCCUUCCCGGAGACUCAGUUCAUAGCGGUCACUGCCUACUCCACAUUUUAGAUAACCGGUCUGAAAAUCAAAUACAACCCGUUUGCCAAGGCCUUUCUGGAUGCUAAAGAAAGAUAGGGCAAAACGGAUCAUAAAGACAUCAUGGAUGACAGUGACAACCAGCACUCAAGCCACUCUCAAUUGAGUGGAUGGUUCAUCCCAGGAUCUCCUGCUAGCCCUCACACGCAGUUUGGAAGCUCACUGUCCCUGUCCUCGUCCCACGGCUGUGACCGCUACUCCACCCUGAGAAACCAUCGCUCUGCACCGUACAGCAGCCCUUACACCCAUCGCACCAACUCCCCUACUGGUUACUCUGAUAUGUCCUCUGGCUGUCUGUCUAUGCUGCCCUCCCAUGACAACUGGUCCAGUCUUCAGAUGCCUUCCCACUCCACCAUGCUGCCCGUGACCCACUGUACUGGUCAUGAAUGGGACCAACUCCAGUACCCCAGCCUGUGGUCCGUCAGUAACCCGUCCCUGACCCCUGUCUCCCAGUCGGGGGAGAUGUCCAACAGCCUAGGCUCCCAGUUCCUGCGAGGCCCCAGUAGUAGCCACUAUCCUGGGCUGUCUCACUCCGUCACAGCGCCACCUGGUGGAUCCCCGCUGUAUGACUGCAGCACGGCCACAGAGGUGCACGAUGGUACGACACUAUCGCAUUACGAUACGUCACCGCACAGUCACACGCGACUGACUACAGUAUGGACUCCUGUUACACCUCCUUCCAUGUAG